AUGAUACAAAACAAAGACACCUUCGCCGUCCCAUGCGAAUCGACCAUCAUCAUCGAAGGAAAGUUGACCAAAACAAGCGGAGGCGGACGCACACCUGCCAACUUUAUCAACAACGCCUACGCAUUUUUAUUUUCCGAAAUUCGAUAUGUGAUCAAUGAGGUCCUCGUCGACAGUGUGCGUCAUCCUGGCAUCGCAUCCACCAUAAAGAAUGUGCCGCUCCUCAGUGCCGAAGAGCGUGCAUUACUCCAUUACGCAGCGUGGACAUUUGAGAGCUUGAUGCAACUCAAUCGUUCACUGAAUGAAGCAUUGAUUGACGAUGACGAUUCGUUUGUGGCCUGGAUUCAUCUCAAACUCUUCCUUCCGUUCGCGGAGGACCACAGGCGCAUCGCGGCUGGCGUGAUGCACGAGCUCAUUCUUACUCGUACUCGAACUGACAACGAGUGUCUUCUAUCCAAGGUAGAGGGAGCAGCUACACCGUCGAAAAUAGCACGCCAACCUCAGCGAUGCUUGUAA